CUUGAAAUGUUCACCGCAAUUAAGCGUUUAUUUACAUUUUAAUCAAUUCUACCCGACGAAACGUUAUCUAAGUAGUAAUAUAUUUGCAAAAUAACAAGUGAACAUGGUUGAGCAUUUAACAUGUUUAAAGCGCAAAAGAAGAUGUGUCAUCGUGUUAGUUUGUACAACAGUAGGGGAGCUUGUUGUUCUUACGUCAUUGGUCAUAUACUGGCGAGUAGUGAGGUAUGAACGUAUGGCUCCCCAACAGCAAGAGAUGUGUCUUCCACGAAACAAGUUUCAUUCUAAAGGUUGUACGGAUGGACUGAGUGAGGAUUUCAAGGAAACCAAAAAUGUCACCAUGUGCUGCGGAAAUUCUAGCUAUGUUCUUGACAAACUUGUAUCAAAGGUCGCUUCUGACAGAUAUAACAGCAAUACAAAUCCAGAAACUUCUGAGCUUAAUCUGACGGAUUACAACUGUAUUAAAACUAAAGAGAAGAAACCAGUCGCGAAACUUGUAGGACUGGCUACAGACAGAAAACAUGUUCAAAUUGGCAGAAACUUCAAAUUAAGCUGGAAUUCACUUUCACCGUCAUACGCAUUGGCAGGACUAACUCAUCUACCAGAUGAUGGUACUAUUUAUGUUGAACAGACAGGUUUUUAUUACGUCUUCUCACAAAUCAAAAUGAAACUUGACCAAACAAUGACUAAACUCAACCAUACAAUGAAACAUUACAUCCAUUUGAUAUCAAACAAAGGAACAGGAACAACACUUUUGGAAAAUGCAAGGCCACAGUGUAAAAUUGUAGAAUUAGAAACUGAGGUUACAAGUGUAAUUGGAGCAGUCUUCAAGUUGGAAACAGGAGAUCGGCUUUAUGUUGCGACAUCACAUCCUGAACACCUGAUUCCUGAUUAUAAUAACAAUUAUUUCAGCAUACAUAGCGUCUGAAGUCCAACUUUUGGUCAGAUACAGGUCCUAGAGCUAAAAGGGCGUACUUCAGAUAAGACUCAACACAUUUGUACAGAGUACUUAAUACUUAUUAAGGGUAUUAUCUGCCAAAAUACAAAUUGCAAUAAUACUUAUUCAAAAUUGUUCCAUUCACAAAGAUGACACUUCUAACAUCCGUAUGUUUAAACUGAUUGUUGCAACUUAGAAAUAAGAGUGUGCAUAUAUGCAAAUGUCAAUUUCUAACACCCGUAUAAUUAUGUAAGUUAUAUGUUGUGUUGCAACUUCAUGGUAACAAAUUACAUUCAACCAAAUGCAAAUUUGUUUUCUUCCAUAUAUCAAAUGUUAUCAACAGCGUAUGUAUUACAAACGGAAACUCUAGAUAUAACAGUUUAUUCAUGAAACACAUUUUGUAUCAAUGAUGCUAAUAUCAUUAUUACUUUUUAUUCUAUGCGCGUCAACCUGCAAGUAGUAUAUAUAUGGAACAGAUAUAAGAAAAUAACAGUUUGAAAACGUAAAAGUAAACAAGACUGAAAGAGAUCGAAUUAAGAAGGCGAGGUGAAUAUAACUUUUUGAGGGUUGAUAAAUCCUGAUAUCAACCUAUGAAAACGUCAAUAAUUGUUCAUUAUAGUCAGUCUUGUUAUUACAAUGGUAUCUUUAAUAAAGAAAUAAGGAAUAAAUUUAGACCAAAUCAGGGUGAUAUUGGUUUUCCAAGCACCUACUUCGAUCGAUUAAAACAAUGUCAAAAAUUACCUCAGUUACGAUGUUAAAUGUACAUGUUUGGCAAAGUUGUAUAUUUUGAAAUUUUGUUUUAAUGUUACAGUGCUUUAUUUUUUGUUAUUGUUGUUACAGGUCCAAUUAUUUUGAAAUUACUUAACCAUUUUCCAUUAGCCGUAUUUCUUCGUUUCUCAAUUGUGUGAAAUUUUUGUUAUUUAUAAAACGCUGGAAGGUCUCGUUGUAGAUAUUUUAUUAUGUUUUCCUAUUGACCUUCCAGUGUUUCUUUAAAUGUUUAGCCUGCUGUCGGAAACUGUUGCUGCCAUUGCGGCAAGUGCAGACCAAGAUCAGCCUGUACGGACUGGUCGCAGACCAAGAUCAGCUUGCACAUCCGUGCUGGCUGAUCAUGGUCUGCACUGUUCGCUAAUCAGUCAGUACAUUUUCAGUAAACACCCCUCCUAAUGAUAAAUGGUAUUACCAAAUUUAAAUGAUGGGCAAAUCCAUUUUAGAAAUUUAGUAGGCUAAAGGUUAAAAACAUUCACUUCAUAUAGUUUAUGAAAACAUAUAAAUAACAAGUUUGACAGUAUUAACAUUACUUUGCAUUAGGUUUGAAAUAGUCGACAUGUAUAGAUGUAUAUUAAAAUGUGUACAACCACUAAAAUAGCUGUUUUUUUAACAAUCAGUUACUGCAUGACAUUUAAUGCAUGUAGCUCUAUAUUAAGUAAAGUUAAGUACAUUUGAUCAGGAUUUUGCAAAUUUGAAGUAAAUGUCAUAUAAUAAGAUAGUCUGGUGAAGGAUGUUCAUGGGAUAUCUUAAAAUGUUUGUACAUAUAUAUAAACCAUUUGCAUUGUAGAUGAACAUAAAAAAUAACUUAUCAUUCUGUUUAUAAGAUUAAGAGUCUGAAUGAAAUGUUUAGAUGUAUCGAAUCACUUUACAUUCAGUUAUUCAAAUCUUGAUUAUUUUUCUUGAAUUACUUGUAAAUAUCGACUAACUAUUUAAUAUAUAGUUAUGCACCAUUACAUUGUUUACGUUGAAUUGUUGGAAUGCUUUAUAGUAACCGUAGUCCUCUUUCAGAUUUUGGAAUAAAAUUUACAGAAUU